CAGUCUCUGUAGAUUAUCAGCUUUGCAGCCGCUUUAAAAUUGCAGCAUCUGCUGCAGAUUGUCGCAUUCGCGUUCGCAACAUGAUCUGCUGCUAUAACACCAUUAAAUACACCGGACUCUUGUCCAAUCUGCUUUAUAUGCUACUGGCCAUAGGCGUGUUGGUCGCAGCUGGCCUGGGCCUGCAAAUGGCACAGCCAAACACGCCGGAGCAUACAUACUUUGUGGAGAGUCUCGUGCUGGGCGCCACCAUCUGCACCAUAGUCAUAUUCGGCUGCUAUGGCCUGGUCUGCGAUCUGCUAAGCGUGAAUUUAAUUUUCACCUGCUUUAUACUGAUCGUGCUGGGCGUAGAGUAUAUGCAGCUGCACAACUAUCAGCCGUAUAGUCGCUAUAGCGGCGCCUGGCAGCAGCUGGAGCUGACGCUGGCCUGGCAUGGCCUGGACAAGCAGCCGGAGCUGAUGCAACAGUAUGAGCAGCAGCAGCAAUGCUGCGGUUACAACGGCGCCAACGACUACAAGUCUUUGCAUUUGCCCAUACCGAAAAGCUGUUAUCAGCUUGCUGCUGCCGACGACAAGCUCUUUACACGCGGCUGCCAGGCGACAUUGAACCACAACCAGAGCCACAUACAGCAGUGCGAUAAGCUAUUCAUGUGGUGCAUCAUUGGCCUUGAGAUCUUUAUACUCGUCCAGACCAUCGCGCUCAGCGGUCUGCUCUACAAGCUGCGUCAACGCGAGCGACGGGCACGACAACAGGUGCCGCCAGGUGUGCGCCGUGAGCCGCGCGCUAAUCAUGUGGGCUCGCGUGCCCAGCUGCUGGACAAUAUUUGAGUAGCUUCUCUAUGGAUCAUAGCAGUUAAGUCGUUUAUUGUAGUUUAGCAAAUGCAGCGUAUAAAUCUU